AUGAAAUACAGGAGAAAUAUGUUCAUUUUAAUAUUUAUUCUAAUUUUGUCAUUAAUAUCAGACAUAGGGGCAAUCUAUUCUUAUUGCAAAUGUACAUGUUUUGGAAAUUCAGUAAUUCUCCGCCUCAACGAUCCAACAACAAAAAACAAACCAUGUCAAGACUGUACAAAAAAAUAUUGUCUUGAACAAAAUCUUCCAAUUUGCAAAAAUGCACAACAGAAAGACCCAGAAGAAUUGAUCAAAAGUACAGAUAUUACUACAGUGUGCUUCCAAAGAGAAUCCGUUAAAGAUAUGAUUAUGGUAUACUUGUUUAUUAUUAUCACAGGUACACUUUUAAUCCUGGCUCCAUUACGGCCAUAUACAUCCAGAUGCUUUAAAGGAAUUUACCGACAAAACCACUAG